CACCAACUUUCUCACAGCAACGUAUCUUGGCCCCUCCAGAGCUUUUUCGGAGCUCUUCCGAAUACUUGUAUUGCUUACCUAUGUCCCCAUCUACAACAUAUCAGAAGGCCAGGCUAUCCCUGGCCAUGCUGGGCCUCAACGGCCUUCCCCUUGACGAAUACCUUUCCCAGCUUCCACGUCUACCAGACACUCCCAAGGACUCAAAGAGAAUUGAUGAUAUUCCUGAAGGAAUUGUCUCUCAUUCCAUCUCUCAAUAUAGCACUCCCGAUCUUCCUACGUCGGAAAGCCAAGUGGAAGUCGACAAGGGCAGCAGGGAUAGUUUGAGGGUUCCCGGGAGUCGGGUCAAAGUUGACAGCCCGCUGGAAAAGCAUCCUAUCAUAUUGAACAGCUCUAUCGAGGAGGUUGGCGACAGUUCCAUCUCUCCAGAUGCCCUUCACGUCGGCCCACACUACGAGAAAGUAACUUGCGAUCAAUCAACCUCCCAGUCUCCUUUCGCCUCCACCCUCAUCGAGCAAUCGGUCAACCCUCAAGCUGCACCUGCGCCGAGAUUAUCAGCCUCAUUUCGCCUUCCGAACAUGGGAGAUAUCUCCCUUAUCGGGGAAUGUUCCUUAUUCGGCGGCGCAAGUAGUGUAGGGGAUGACAGUUUGGAAUAUGAGUUGAGCGAUAUUAGACCAAAGCGAGACACCAUCAAUCGUUCUACCAGCGACCCGUUUAUGAUGAAGCGACAGAGAGAUAUCAACCCUGCCUCUCAGCAUCUUGGUCAGUCUACACUCCUGCCAACUUCUCCUGCUAAGCAGGCACACCUUCUUGCCUCCACUAAUUCUCUUCACCGUGUCGAGCCACCUUGGUGCGGCAACGAUUCCACCAUGACUACCUCUUCCAAUGGUUCUAACGACACUGUUACAGAGUCCCGGUCAGCAUCUCCUACUCGAUCAUCAACGGUCAAGGCUCAGUCGCUUCCUCGCUCCAAUGCACUCCGUGGAUUUCCCACAUCCAAAACAAGACGUACAUUCCCGGCUUCUUCUUCGGGCAACAGUCUUGCAGCGGUUGGUGAGGAAGAAUCAGAACUGCUUAUUAAUCUUGACAAAAGCACUCUUCUGCCCAUUAGUCCCCAGAAGACUGCAUAUCUUCUUCGUGACGAGGAGAUGAUUGCUCGCGAGACUCUGGAUGAAGGACCUAGCUACAUGCUGACGAUUCCGCCUGCUACAAUUUCUCGAGCGGCUGCCGGAUGUAUUGGCCAUGAUGGUGAUAGGACAAUGGACGUGAGAGAUCUCAUGGCUAAAGUCGGAAAACCAAAGAGGGCGUCAGGGACGGAGGAGAGUUUUGUGGAUUUACUGCAUGCCGAAGACGACAUGUUUGCCAAAAUGGAUAUGACGAUGUUGGGUGCGGAUGAGACGAUGGUGAUGCCCGCUACUCUGCGACCUCGCCAAGCGAGUCCAUCAAAAAUCGUUGCUCAAGCUCAGGCAACUACCAAGGCUACUUUACCGACGUCCCGUACUAGUCAUACACUUUCAAUUCUAGAUGACAAUCAAGCUCAGGAGCAAAAGCCUAUUACCCUUAGUCGAUCGAAGAGCUUGUCCAAAGUUGCUGAGAUUAUUCAGCGUGUCAAGGCUGAUAAGCUUGCUGCAGCAUCGGCUUCAAGGCUGGGUUCUCCACCCAAAACUGCCUCUGUAGCCCGUACCUAUAAAACUUCUUCGACUUCGACGGCGACACCAGCUGCACCCAGAGUUAGAGGAAAGGUGGCUCCUCACACAACUGGUUCCCGCCGAAUCUCCCUCUCCGCUGGAGGCGUCCCUAUAUCUUGUAGUGCCUCGCAAAAGAGUAUCGACUUACCUCGUCCUCGACCAACUCAUGCUAGGCCGAUCAGCACACAUUCAACGUUGUCUAGUGCCAAUCAGAAUGUAUCUGCCAGGCAGACGAUAACUGCUGCGCCCACUGAGACCUGCGCAGCCCGAAUCGUGAAUCGCAAUCCACAGGCCACUCUUACUGCACGCGUGCCUAGAGCAAGCAUUGUACCUUCUUCCAGAACCGAGGUCAAGAACCGGUCCGGCUCAGUAUCCAGUAGUGUGUCAACUGCCGCGACAGUCUCUCGCGCUCCAAACUCGCGACCGAGCAUUGCUGCUCCUCGCACCAUUACUCGAUCGCACACGACAGAAGGACUUUCGGCAGCUGGUGCUCGUGUUCCCAGAGCAUCAGUUGCGGCGUCAUCUAGACCGGCCGGUCUUCCGCUGCCUGGCACCGGUCCCACUGCAAGGUCAGCUACUGCCAAUACGCCUGCCUCGACGGCGACUAGGGCGCGGCUUUCACGGGCAUUUGGUAGCGACGCUACAUCUGCUACCAAUCGAUUGAGUCGACCGGCGACCUCUACACUGGCUAGUGCUACCUCUAAGACUUUGAAGCUUUCAUCGGGUCCUUCGGUAAUCAGUGCUCGAUCAUCUGCUACUAGUACAGACCGCCUCAAAUCAAGAGCUCUUUCUACGCCUGCUUCGGCUGGCACCCGCCAGUCAACCCUUCCUAUAUCUCGUGCCCUUCCCACUCCUCGUUCGGCUACUGAUGCCGCUAGAAACUCCUCCAAGCCUCCCGCAACCACCAUCGACUUACCGAAAGCACGAGUUGGGAGCACGCUCCGGCGACCAUCUACUAGUCGAGUACCCGCAGGAGGGCCUGGCAAGAAUUCUGCGCCGCCUGGAUCAGGGAGUAAUCUAGCGGCCUUACGAUCGCGCUUGGAUGAGUUGCAGGCGAAGCAGAAGGAAAGAUCCGCAGCGAGGUGUUUGUAAGUUGAUAUGAUAUUAUAUAUAUUUUGUGAAACGGAUUGUAUGAUUUUUUGGGUCUUUUUUC